AUGGUGCGAGCGUCAGAUAUAUCACGUUUCAGAAAAUGUAUCAAGCUUCACAACAAGUCUAAUGUCUCUGAUAUUUCUCAAAUUCCGGAUUUCAGCAAGUACUCACCGAUUCAGUCAAUAAGUGAGCUUGCACCGUUUAUUUCAACGACUCUGAAAGCGUAUCCGUCAAGGUCAAGAUACGUGAACCAACAACACUUUUAUCAAAAUCAGAAUAUAUUGGAGCGGGAUUAUUUAACGAGAAGCCCCCAUCCAGUUUCGCUUGCGCAGCUUGCUCAAUACUUUGACGACUCAAGCACUUUGACGAAACAGAAAUUGAUAAGUAGUGGUCAGUUUGUUAAGGAGGAACUUACCAUUAGAAUAGCACACAAACUACAUCUGUUACAAAUGCUUCCCUUCAGUGUUGUUAAUAAUUUCCACUUUUGCCAAGUUUACGAAUCCUACUUCAAUAUAUUUGACCGGUUCAGACGAUACCCGUCAAUUAAAACCCUGGAAGACAACGAAAAAUUUGUGAGGUUCUUGAAAAGGAUUUUAUCUGAUUUCAAUACGUUGAAUUUACCGCAUUUGAUUAUGGGUGCGCUCGAAUGCCAUAUUCUGGAUUUGUAUCCACCUGCGGAGAUGGACAAAGUUGUAUCGAGCCUUCUACGUGCCCGAAUUUCGAGGAGACUGAUCGUGGAAGAACAUCUGAGUAUAACUUCUAACUUCAACAGCGGGAAGAAGAAAAACACGCUGGUGCUUGGAGACAUUUUCCAGGAAUGCAGCGCGAAGGAGUACCUGUUGGAAGCCAAAGACAUGUGUGAGAAUUUUAUUAGCGACAAGUACUACAAAGGAAUCGCACUUCCCGAGUUCGUGAUAGCUGGCGACGUUGAUUUGAAUUUUUAUUUUUUGCCUGCUCAUUUAAAGUAUCUUUUGGGUGAGAUACUGCGAAACAGCUACGAAGCCACCAUGAAAGAAUUCAUCCGGCAGGGCUUGAAUCAGCCUGCUAAGAUUACAGCAACCGUGAUAUCUAACAAACAGAGCUUUAUCUUUCGUAUAUCCGAUCGUGCAGGCGGGAUCCCGCACGACGACAAGACGAUAUGGUCAUUUGGGAAAUCCAAAAAUCUCGCAAAGGAAUCACUGAGCAAUUUUCACAAGCUCCCGGGGCUUCAAACAGUCUCGCUGUAUGAUUACAUGUAUGAAAACACCAGAAAGAGUUCGCUCACUCAGCAGUACAAAUUUACCUCGUUGGAACCUAUCGGCGACACCAAUUUGCCCGAAAGCGUAUACAACUUUGAAAGACCACUUCAAAGUCUUUUGAAGAGAUCCUCUCGUUACAAACUUGGCAUUGCCUUGGCCAUGUGCAAGAUUUAUGCUGAAUAUUGGAACGGUGAUCUUACCGUGCAUUCAAUACAGGGUUAUGGAACAGAUACGGUUCUCAAACUCGGAAAUCUGAUGCAUCACACAGACGAGCUACAGUUGGACAAGGUUUAG